CCGCGCUCUGUGAGCUGUGGACCGGCGGACGGCUGCAGGACGGGACCGGGGACCGGGACCGCAGCACCGGGACAGAAACAAAACCUCCACCCGGGAUGGACUGAAGCAAGGCCCGCUGCAGAGAGGAAACAGCAACAUGGAGAACCUCCCGCCGACCUCUGAGGAGUCGCUUUCUCAUGCAACGUAAAACCUUUUUUCUCAGUGCAUCAGAGACACAGGCGGGCAGACAGGAAGAGGACGUUAUGGACUGACUGAGCACAUGUGAAAUGAUGAGUCACGUAUGAGUGAUAGAUGAUGUAACAGCGUCUGGGACGCUCCUCUUUCACACCAUGGAGAUGAUUGCUGCAGCAGAGAGGGGAAAAGUGCUUUUUUAGACGCUUGUGACCUUCAUAUAUUUAUUUUGCCAAUGACAAAACAAUCGCAGGCGGUGGAGAGGCAAUGACCUAAUUCAGAUUAAAUGACCUCAUACCGAUAAGUAGUCCGCCUCCUCGCCGGGUGAUGGAACAUAAUCACAAAUGGACUCUUAUCAUAGAUGCUGGAGAGUGUGAGGUUACUUGAUAUUCUCCGUGUGGAUGUGUGUGUGGGUUUGUGUGUGGUGAGGUUUGAUGCUACAUACAGCUAUGUUGCGGCGUGGACUUCUAACCUGGGUCUCUCGAGUUGGGGGCGCGCUGGUGCUCCUCUGCUGCUCCCUGUCACUGCUCUACGUGAUGACCUGCAGCCCCCCACACUCCGAUGACCCGCCACUGAGUCAUGCGUUACCCCGCGCUGGAUCAAAUCACCCCAGCCUGGGGGGCACAGGACCGGGAGUGGGAGCGGGGGCCGGUGGGACAGGAGGAGCCGGAGUGGGGCCUGCUCAAAGCGGAGGAUCAGCGAGUGUCCAGUCGUACCAGGUGCUCCUCCAAGAGCGUGAGGAGCAGCACCGACACCACAUCUCCUCCCUGAAGAAAGAGAUUGCACAGCUGAAGGAGGCUUUGCAGGAGCGCAGCCAGCAGCUGAAAGGUGUGCAGGAGAGCCUUAAGAGAGGAGGCCCCGCAGAGGGACCGGAAACUGGUGUCGGCUCCCAGGGAGGCGGCCUCGGAGAGACUCAAGGAGCCAAGAGCCAGCAAGCCGAUCUCCAGGACUUCCUGAGGAGCCAGCUCUCAAAGGCUGAGGUGACUGCCGGCAUCCGGCUGCCCAGCGAGUAUGCGGUGGUGCCAUUUGAGAGUUUCACGCUGCAGAGGGUGUACCAGCUGGAGAUGGGCCUGACGCGUCACCCUGAGGAGAAGCCGGUGAGGAAGGACAAGAGGGAGGAGCUGGGGGACGUGCUGGAGACGGCCCUGCACAGCCUCAACGCUGCCCCAACCCAGGACGGCAGGGGCGCAGCAGAGAAGACGCAAAGUAGCAAAGUUUACGCACCGUCCGACUUCAUAGAAGGUAUCACUCGCACAGAGAGGGACAAAGGGGCGCUGUACGAGCUGACCUUCAGAGGGGAGUCGAGUAAUGAAUUCAGACGCCUGGUCCUGUUCCGUCCCUUUGGACCGCUGAUGAAAGUGAAAAACGAGAGGGUGGACACAUCAAACGUCCCCAUCAACAUCGUUGUCCCGCUGUCCCGGCGCACAGACAAGUUCAAACAGUUCAUGCAGAACUUCAGAGAGGUGUGCGUGCGGCAGGACGGCCGAGUCCAUCUGACGGUGGUGUAUUUUGGGAAGGAGCAGAUGAGCGAAGUCCGCAGCACUCUGGAGAACACGUCCAGGGAGGUGAACUUUAAGAACUUCACUCUGCUGCAGCUGGACGAGGAGUUUUCUCGGGGCCGAGGUCUGGACGUCGGGGCGCGGGCCUGGAAGGGAGGCAACGUGCUGCUCUUCUUCUGCGACGUGGACAUCUACUUCACCGCUGACUUCCUCAACAGCUGCCGACUCAACACACAACCCGGUAAAAAGGUUUUCUACCCAGUGUUAUUCAGCCAGUACAACCCCACUCUGAUCUAUGGAAGCCCUGAACACGUCCCAACUGUGGAGCAGCAGCUGGUGAUCAAGAAGGACACGGGGUUCUGGAGGGAUUUCGGCUUCGGCAUGACCUGCCAGUACCGCUCCGACUUCAUUAACAUAGGAGGCUUUGACAUCGACAUCAAAGGCUGGGGAGGUGAGGACGUCCACCUCUACAGGAAGUACCUCCACAGCAACCUCCUGGUGGUGCGGGCGCCGUCCCGGGGCCUGUUCCACCUGUGGCACGAGAAGCAGUGUGCCGAUGAGCUCCCGCCGGACCAGUACCGCAUGUGCAUGCAGUCCAAGGCCAUGAACGAGGCCUCGCACGGCCAGCUGGGGAUGCUGUUCUUCAGGCAGGAGAUCGAGGCGCACCUCCGCAAACAGAAGCAGCAGCAGAACUCCAACCCCAAGAAGACAUGAAGACUCACAAGUGGUGUGGUUAGAAUCACUGCAAUGACGGCAAUCGGUUCGAAGUGAGGAGACAAAAAACCGGCUGACAUGAACUACGUACGAUUUAAAAGGAGGAGUUCAACUGUUUUCAAGGGAUUAUGCUUAGUUGCCUUCUUUUCAAAGAUUUCAUUCUCAUCUGUGUACACAAAAUAUGGAGCUGGAGUCAGCUGGUGACUAGCUUAGCUUAGCACAAAGACUGGAAAUAGAGGGGCACAGCUAACUGGCCCGGUCUUACUGGACCGGACAGGCUGGACCCACCCUGCUGAUAGGUUCGUUGGGAGUCGUCUGCGAGUCGUUGACCCACAAUUGAAUUGUGGUGAAACUUGCUGUGGAUGGAAAUCAAGUCUGUGUUGUAUGUGGCUACUGUACUACCACAGUAGGUAGUGUCUUACACCUCCUCCUCUGUUCAGAGACAGUUUCUCUAGUUCGACGUAAAUGGCUUCCUUCACUCCUCUUUCAAACUGCCCUGGACAAAAUGUGGACAUUGUUGUCUUCAAAUGAAUGUCCCCUGUCCCUUAGAUACAAUCCUGACCUGAGGAGCUGGCUCUCCUGUGCUGUGCCAUGCGUUUGUGAAGGGGCUUAUAGUUUCCCCAGUGUACAGGUCUGUGCAUUCCUCACUACAUUUAACUGCAUGCACUACAUUGCUCUGCUCAUGUCUGGAUGUUUUGUCUUUGGACCAGUUUCUGCCUCAGUGUGUUGGUGGGCUUGAAAAGUUAAGGGAUGUGGUGUUUGGCAACAUUGUAUUGCUAAAUUGGUUUCAGAUAAAGAGAAAUAGAGAAAGUGAGAAAUGUUACAUUUAACAACUUUGUAAAAGUCAAACAAAUAUUUCCUUUAAAUUUAAAUAGUUUUCUUCUUCAUGGAUCAGUCAAUAGGUGGCAGAUGAUUUUCUGUAAUUUGGCCGAUUCCUUACCUGACUAAUUAUUUCAGCUCUACCUGUGUACUUUGUUGUGUGCUGCAGUUACAUCAAAAACAAAACAUGUUUAAAAGAUUCAUCAUAAAUAUGUAAAGUAUUCAAAAAGUCCAAUCUGUACCUGUUAUCUGUAUAACAGGUUUAUGAGUAUCUUUAUGAGUAUCUGUUACUCAUAAAGCUGUUAAUUCAUGCAGUUUCUCUUUGAAAUGUAGUGGAGUGGAGGUAUAAGUGGCCUAAAGGAAAAUACUGAGGUACACUAGAUGUGCAUAAGUUUUAAUUAUUAGAAUACACAGUAAUAAGCUUAGUUACAUUCCAUCUCUGCAAGUUAAAAGGCCGCUCGCUGUAUCUUCAUAUUUUGUGUCCAGGCCUGAAUGAAGAAUCACUCGUCGAGCAAAACUUUCUUGAAGAGUGAGAAUAAGCAUAUUUACCAAAAUAUCAAACUAUUCCCUAAAUGAAUAAUGUGAAGACUUUUGAACGGAUGGAGAUCAUGUUGCUCUGGUGUAGCUGUGGAUGGACAAUGUGACGUCACUUGUGGGCUCAAUAACAAUGAGUGAGCCAUUAAUAUCUCAAAAGCUUCUAUUAACAAUUAAACUACUGCAGUACUCUGAUCUUGUCCGAUCAUCCAUCUGUACUUUCAUCUGCGUUUUUAGUUUUCCUGUGUAACUGCAACAGGUGUUUUCAGAGAGAAAACACAGGGCCUGAACUUUGAGCUGGAAAAUUUCUCAACCAUGUGCCUUGUGUAGAGAAAAAACCUGAACACUGUCUCGUCAAUACAGGUUUUUAUAUGUAGGGAAAGAGAACCACCUGGUGGACUGAAUAUGAAAAUGAAUAGCAUGUAGGUUAAACAAUGAAGGACUUCUUCAACGCCUGCAAUGGCCUUGUAAAGCUUUUUUAUAAAUUAUUGAUCAGUUAUUUCUAUUUAUGUUUGUUAUUAUCUUGUGUAUGUCACCAUUUAUACGAUUCCGUUUGUCUCAUUUCAAUUGCAGUAUUGUGUGUAUGUGCCAUUCAUCUUUUUUAAUAAGGUGAGAGUUGGUGUUAUAGUUAAAGGAAACCAUGCCAUAAAUUGCAUUAUCUCUAGGUAUUUGUCCGUAAAAUGACUUUUUUUCCCUAAAGCCUACUGAGUAUAAGGUGUAUGUGUGUAUGUGAGUGCUCUUAACAUUAUUACACAUAUUUAUUUUUUUAAAGAGAAAGCACGAUAUAGACUUAGUUGUGUUUUUGUCACAUAAUUAAUUAGUGCCCACGUAAUGGAUGGAUAAAGGACGAAUAACGGACUGACAGUAAUACCGAUCACUGUCAUGAUGCUGACGGCGACUUAACAAGUCAGAAUGAGACUUUUGAUUGUCCUGUUUUUGUUUCUCAUUUCAUAAGUAAAGUCCAGAGUGCAAUAAUGAAAGAGAAAAUGUGAUGUUUUAUGUAUUGCCACCAAACUUCAGCUGCCUCGUGGUGGCUUAUAUUUAAUUAGUUUUAUUAUACUCACACAUAAUUAAAUCACCAGCACUUCUUCAAUGAAAACAAUCAUGUAACAAUGUAUUUUUGGUGUUUGCCUUAAGAUGUGAAAAAGGCACUUUUUUUUUUUUUAUUGAAACAUUCCUUGUUAUAAUACAUCAAAAACCUUGUCAUUGUUAUCUUUUUCAUUUAAUGUAAAUUAGUUGAAUAAAAUAUUUGUAUUGUAUGUAUUGUUUUCCAUUUUGUUUUCUUAAGUACCAUAUAAAACAAUAAACGUGUGUGUAUAUAAAAUGUCCAUGAUACUGAUAUCGUUUAUUUUAUAUUGUUUAUUAUUUUAUUGCCAAAUAUUGUUUUGUAAAUGUUGUUUUCCAUAUAAACUUAGUGUUUAUAUUGCUACUUUUAAUGACCCUUUCUUGAUCGGUCAGAG